AUGCGUGCCUCCGUCAUCAUCCUCGGCUUCCUCGCCACUCUCACCGUUGCUCUUCCUGAAGCAUACCCUAAAGCCGCGAUCUCAUGCCAAUCUGACACUAUGGCUUGCACGGCUGCUAACUGUGCCGUCGAAGGAUGCUGCUGUGAGGGACUGACUUGCGGGUCCAAUGGU